ACCAUCUAUCCCCUCCCUACCCCUCCCCUCCCCCUGCCAUUCUCCAUCUCCAUGGCCGUUAUGUUCGCGCAGCUCUCAUCAAACCUUCCACCCUACAAACGUCAGCGUCGCACCGCUACGUCUGUCCUUGCCGGCCAAUUCGACCCGCGUCCUCCGCGCGAUGUAUUGACUAGCCUCUUGAACGGCGUGCCGAUAAAUAAGGAGCUAGAGGAGACCGACGAGGCGAAGCGGGAGAAGAGGAGGGAGAAGAAGGAACGCGAUAAGGAAAAGAAAAGGGCCAAGGCUUUGCUUAAGCCGCGAGAGAGUCCUGUGCUCCCCGUCGUCGAGUCGGUCGCGACACCAACGCCCAUGCACGUCAACGUGCAUCCCAUCCUCCCGCUGCCUGAGCCGUCGACCUCGUGGGGUGCACGGCCCGUUCUCCACAUUGCCAGCAUGCAGCGUUCUGUAUCCGUCACCCCACCACCAAUGCCAUCGUCGCCGCCCACAACACCGGGCCCAUCUAUCUCUUCCAGCACGUCGCGCACGUCGUCCAAACGGCCACACACACCAUACGAAGACGAAGACAUGGACCACUCAAGAGACAUGUCCUUCACGACACCGCCGCCGGAGCCGCGCCCGCGGAAGAAGCGUGCCGCAGCGCGCAAGGGCUGGAAGGGCUGGGUUGAGGGUUCUCCGCCACCGUCGGAGAAGUUGAUCAACCUGGAUGCGGUGACGGUACUGCACGAGCGCAGGACCCGGAGUGGAAAGAAUUUUGACGCUAUUGGGCUUGGGCAGGACGGUUGGGUCUAAAUUUAGAGGAUCUCCAAGGCCACAAAGCCUUUGUAGACCGCGCGAAUCCCUCCGCGUGGGGUUCCCCGGCCUAUCAUCUCUUUGGCAUGUGUCCGUUCUGCCGUGGUUUCAUCCUAUGCGUUCCUCCUCGCUCAUAUCCGGUAUCGCUGAUAUAUGUCUUUAUUUUGUCUCUCUAUAUCGUUUAGUUUCAUCCAACAGCUCUUCUUUACCUCUGUCUUCUAGUUUCGAACAUCAUACCUUGUAUUCCAUUCACUCCCAUGCAUCCGUAUAUUCCUUUGCAUAUUUUCCUCGAUUUGUUGAUGUCGCUGUUCCUCUCGUUUGCGUCUUUACUGGCUAUGGUGCUGUGGCGGUCUGAAAGUAGAAUAUUACAUCUUUGAUUCAUGUAUGGAGGAAUAAAUGGGCGUCAUGAUCG